AUGGACGCGCCCUUCUCAGUGGAUUCAGAUCGCUCUCGCGUCCACCAUCCUCAAUCCUCUGCUGGCGAUGGUCCGAAUACCAUACCUAGCCACGAUAGCAAUAACCUCGUACUCGACGUCUUCCGCUACACGCCCAUUCCGACCUUUGUCUUGGACGCCAGUCUGCACGUGACCCACGUCUCGGACUCAUACUGUUCUGUCUCAGGCGUUCCCAACCGCAAGCAGCUACUUGGCGCCCACGUCGACAAACUAUACGCAAAGGUGACAGUUCCGUCGAAUGCUGUGGUCCACCAAGGCAUUCGCGCUGCUCAAGACACUGCCGCCCCAUCCAUCCUUGAGGAAUCACUCAACGAUAGGAUCUGGACUUUGCGUACCGUACCCGUUUUCCGCGACGGAACGAUCCAAUGCUUCUUGAUGGAGGUGCAAGACACCACUGUGGCCCACCAACGCCAGCUUGAAUUGGAGGAGCGUCUCUACGCAAAUGAAACGUUCAAGAUCCUGGUGGAUACCGUCAGAGAUUACGCAAUAUUCAUGCUUGAUCCCCAAGGCAACGUCGCGACAUGGAAUGCAGGCGCUCAGGCUUUCAAAGGUUAUUCCAAGAGCGACAUUAUUGGGAAGCAUUUUUCCAGCUUCUACAGCCAAGAAGACCGCGACAACGACAAGCCGGGUAGAGAGCUUCGUGAUGCGCUACGAGAUGGGCGUUGUGAAGAUGAAGGGGCCAAUGUUGUAAUCACCCCUCUAUACAAGGACGACGUACACUUAGGGUUCAGCAAGGUCACACGAGAUCUGAGCGAGCGCAAGAAAGCCGAGUCGAAGCUAAUUGCGGCAUACGAAGAGAGCUCAAAGUUGAAAAGCGAAUUCUUGGCCAACAUGAGUCACGAAAUCCGUACGCCAAUGCAUGGUAUGCUGUCUGCCUUGACAUUGCUUCUAGACACCCAGUUGAACCCCGAGCAACUGGAGUUGGCGCGUGUAAUAGAAGAGUCAGGGGAUGUACUACUUCAUGUUAUCAACGACAUUCUCGAUUACAGCAAACUUGCUUCCGGCAGCUUCUCGAUCAGUCGCGAUAUCAUCAGCGCUCCAGAAGUCAUCUUGUCAGUCUUCCGCGCGCAUCAAAGGGUCAGUAAAUCGGGGGUUUCUUUUGAGACGCUCAUUGAUCCUAGACUGCCGAUCGCUGCGGAAGGCGACAGCUUUCGAUUUCGGCAGAUCGUUGAGAACCUCAUAUCGAACGCUUCCAAGUUCACGGAGCAGGGAAGCAUACGAAUACACGCUACACUGCAACAUGAAGAUGAAAAUACUUAUACCGUCUUGACAGAAGUCAUAGAUACGGGCAUUGGCGUUCCUCUCAUAGCGUCUGGCUCGCUAUUUACACCAUUUACUCAGUUUGACAAUUCUGCCACGAAGCGAUAUAAGGGUACCGGCCUGGGCCUCAGCAUCUGCAAAAGUUUGGCUGAGCUGAUGGGUGGAGACAUUGGUUUCCAUCCCAACCCUGAAGGUAAAGGGAGCAUUUUCUGGUUCACCGCCAAAUUGGCCAAAUUGAAACGGGCCGAAUAUUUGAACCAACUAGAGAUAGUCCAGAGAAAACUCGACAACCUUUCCUGUCCACCCUCGCCUACACCAGCUUUCGACAAGCUCAGGUUACUCGCGGAUGGCCGGCGAGUGCUCCUUGCAGAAGACAACGCGAUCAACAGGAAAGUCAUGCUCAAAAUGCUUGCCGGGUUGGGAUUCAACCACGUCGAUAUUGCUACCGAUGGUAACGAGGCGGUAUCAAUGGCGACCAAAACCACGCCCCCAUACGACGUUAUUCUUAUGGACAUCAAUAUGCCAGUUCUUGACGGUGUGCAGGCUACGAAGGCGAUAAGAGGCGCUGGGUUGGACGUUCCGAUCGUGGCAAUGACGGCUAACGCGCUCAAGGGCCAGGCCGAAAGCUACAUCGCGAAGGGCAUGACUGGAUAUAUCGCGAAGCCAGUGGAUCGCAAGCUACUGGUCGAUCUAUUGCUAAGCUGUCUGGAGCGAGAAGAUUAG